GGGCGCUUUCCGAGGAAAUUCGGGACUCGAGUUUCCCGGGGAAGAGGCGCGGCCGGAGCCCGGCGAGGGUGGGCAGGGCAGGCGCAGGUGGACCCCGGCGGCCCCCGAGCCCCGCUGUGACCUUGGCCGCGGGGGAGGGGCUGGGCCGCUGCGGGGCAGCCGCGGCCGCCAGAGGGGGCAGCGGAGAAGAACUUGCCCAACUUGGAGGCGCGGGCUGGGGCGGCUCCGCGCCUCCACGCCCGCCUCCCCGGCCUCCGCCUUCUCCCCUCCCGCGAGCCUCCUCCUCUGGGCCCUCCUCCCGUCCUUCCCGCUGCCGCCGGUCCCGGUGCGCGCCCAUCCCUGCCCACAGCCCCGCGCGUCCGCCGAGUCGCUGAGCCGCGGCUGCCGGACGGGACGGGACGGGCUGGGCUGGGCGCGCCCCCCGGGCCCCGCCGUGGGCAUGGGCGCGCUGGCCCGGGCGCUGCUGCUGCCUCUGCUGGCCCAGUGGCUCCUGCGCGCCGCCCCGGAGCUGGCCCCCGCGCCCUUCACGCUGCCCCUCCGGGUGGCCGCGGCCACGAACCGCGUGGUUGCGCCCACCCCGGAACCCGGGACCCCCGCCGAGCGCUGCGCCGACGGCCUGGCGCUCGCCCUGGAGCCUGCCUUGGAGUCCGCCGCGGGCGCCGCCAACUUCUUGGCCAUGGUGGACAACCUGCAGGGGGACUCUGGCCGCGGCUACUACCUGGAGAUGCUGAUCGGGACCCCCCCGCAGAAGCUACAGAUUCUCGUUGACACUGGAAGCAGUAACUUUGCCGUGGCGGGAGCCCCGCACUCCUACAUAGACACGUACUUUGACACAGAGAGGUCUAGCACAUACCGCUCCAAGGGCUUUGACGUCACUGUGAAGUACACACAAGGAAGCUGGACGGGCUUCGUUGGGGAAGACCUCGUCACCAUCCCCAAAGGCUUCAAUAGUUCUUUUCUUGUCAACAUUGCCACUAUUUUUGAAUCAGAGAAUUUCUUUUUGCCUGGGAUUAAAUGGAAUGGAAUACUUGGCCUAGCUUAUGCCACACUCGCCAAGCCAUCAAGUUCCCUGGAGACCUUCUUUGACUCCCUGGUGACACAAGCAAACAUCCCCAACGUUUUCUCCAUGCAGAUGUGUGGAGCCGGGUUGCCCGUUGCUGGAUCUGGGACCAACGGAGGUAGUCUUGUCCUGGGUGGAAUUGAACCAAGUUUGUAUAAAGGAGACAUCUGGUAUACCCCUAUUAAGGAAGAGUGGUACUACCAGAUAGAAAUUCUGAAAUUGGAAAUUGGAGGCCAAAGCCUUAAUCUGGACUGCAGAGAGUAUAACGCGGACAAGGCCAUCGUGGACAGUGGUACCACGCUGCUGCGCCUGCCCCAGAAGGUGUUCGAUGCAGUGGUGGAAGCUGUGGCCCGCGCAUCUCUGAUUCCAGAAUUCUCUGAUGGUUUCUGGACUGGGUCCCAGUUGGCGUGCUGGACGAAUUCGGAAACACCUUGGUCUUACUUCCCUAAAAUCUCCAUCUACCUGAGAGACGAGAACUCCAGCAGGUCAUUCCGUAUCACAAUCCUGCCUCAGCUUUACAUUCAGCCCAUGAUGGGGGCCGGCCUGAAUUAUGAAUGUUACCGAUUCGGCAUUUCCCCUUCCACAAAUGCACUGGUGAUCGGUGCCACGGUGAUGGAGGGCUUCUACGUCAUCUUCGACAGAGCCCGGAAGAGGGUGGGCUUCGCGGCGAGCCCCUGUGCAGAAAUUGCAGGUGCUGCAGUGUCUGAAAUUUCCGGGCCUUUCUCAACAGAGGACAUAGCCAGCAACUGUGUCCCCGCUCAGUCUUUGAGCGAACCCAUUUUGUGGAUCGUGUCCUAUGCGCUCAUGAGCGUCUGUGGAGCCAUCCUCCUUGUCUUAAUCGUCCUGCUGCUGCUGCCGUUCCGGUGUCAGCGUCGCCCCCGUGACCCUGAGGUCGUCAAUGAUGAGUCCUCUCUGGUUAGACAUCGCUGGAAAUGAAGAGCCAGGCCUGACCUCAAGCAACCAUGAACUCAGCGAUUAAGAAAAUCACAUUUCAAGGGCAGCAGUCUGGAUCGACAGCGGCACUUCCUCCCGUGCCCGCCCGUCUUCAGUCUCUGUUCUGCUCCCAGAUGCCUUUCAGAUUCACUGUCUUUUGAUUCUUGAUCUUCAAGCUUUCAAAUCUUCCCUACAUCCAAGAAAAAUAAUUAAAAAAAAAAAAAAAAAAACUUCAUUCUAAACCAAAACAGAGUGGACUGGGCUACAGGCUCUGUGGGGUUGUUUAUGCCAAACUGUCUACAUGUGCCACCAACACAAAACAAAACCAAGCCUUGGCUAGUUCUCUUCUCUCUUCAAUCUCUGGAAAAAUAAGUGCAUAUAGUUGAUAACCCGUCUUAGCUUACAGGAAGCUUUUUGUAUUAAUCACCUUUGAGGGUAUUUUGCGCCAGACCUCAACCUGGGUCAAAGUGGUACAAGAAGGUUUGCAGUAUGAUGGCAGGAGAAGCAGCCUGGGGCCUGGGGAUAUAACCAUGCUGUACCCUUCAGAUCUGGAAACAGAGCCACAGGCCCCUCUUCUGGGUUUCUCUGUGCUCUGAAUGGGAGCCAGAAUUCACUAGGAGGUCAUCAACCGAUGGUCCUCACCAGCCUCUUCUGAAGAUGGAAGGCCUUUUGCCCAUCGAGGUAGAGGGGAAGGAAAUCUCCUCUUUUGUACCCAAUACCUGUGUUGUAUUGUUGGUGCGAAAGUAAAAACACUACCUCUUUUGAGACUUUGCCCAGGGUCCUGUGCCUGGGUGGGGAUGCAGGCAGCUUUGACCACGGCUGUUUCCCUCACCCAAAAGAAUUAUCAUCCCAACAGCCAAGACCCAACAGGUGCUGAACUGUGCAUCGACCAGGAAGAGUUCUGUCACCAAGCUGGCCACUAUCACAUAUGCUUACUCUUGCUUAAAAUUAAUAAAUCAUGUUUUGAUGAGAAAAAAA